AUGACCUCAUCCUCCUCCAAGCGCGCCCCACCGGCCUCCGCCAAGCCCAAGCCCGCCGCACCUCAUCCCAACGACGACCUCUCAUACCCGUACUACUUCUUCUACGGGCACGCCGCCUCGAACCCCACCGGCGCGCUCAGCCAGUGGCACCUCACGUCCUUCACAGAAGGCCCCCACACCUUCACCACAGCCGAGCACUACAUGAUGUAUCACAAGGCGAUGCUGUUCGAGCCCGCCGCCGCGCCCGCGAUCCUCGCCGCCCCGGGGCCGAGGGAAGCCAAGGCGCUGGGACGCAAAGUCGCGAACUUUUCCCCGAAGACAUGGGAGGCGCGGUGCGACGCCAUUGUCGAGCAGGGCAACUAUCUCAAGUUCACGCAGAAUCCCGACGCGUGGGCUGUCCUCUCGCCUGCUCGCACGGGGACAAAGGCGCUCGUUGAGGCUGCGGCGCGAGACGCGAUCUGGGGUAUCGGGAUGGGAUGGGAGCGCGCUCGUGGGCGCGAGGCGCAGUGGGGCCAGAACCGACUUGGCAAGGCGUUGACCCGUGUGCGUGCGCGCAUCGUCGCUGAGCGCGACGAGGCUGCCAAUGGGUCCAAAGUGGUGUGA